AUGGCGUCCUCGCCGUCGCCGAACGAGGAUGUCUCUCGUGCCUCGGUGGUUACGAUUCCUACGAUCGUUACGACCGUCCUCGCCCUUGUCCUGACCCUUCUACGACUCUAUGUGCGGCGAUAUAUGAUUCGGUUGCUGGACUGGGAUGAUCUGUUCAAUGUGCUUGCGAUGCUCACCGUGCUGGUCGUCAUGGGUCUGGUGAUUGCGGCAACGCAUUACGGACUCGGUCGACAUGUCGAAUUCGUGGAUCCUGCUCACUCCGCGUACAGCGUGAAGAUGUUGCGGGUGGCCGAGUUCCUGCUUAUCUUCUCGACGAUCUUUGUGAAGAUCUCGAUCAGUCUGUUCUUGAAGAGACUUUUUCUAACGAGCAAGAAGUGGAAGUUCUUCUUUUGGUUUUUCAUUGCAUUCAACACCAUCACGAGUAUUCUCGACGCCGCUGUCAUCUUCCCGCAAUGCACCCCCGUCGAGUAUAACUGGAACAAGUCGAUUAAGGGAACGUGUUGGUCAAACGAGGCGAUCGAUGCGGUGGGGAUUGCGCAGGGGACAAUCGCCGCCGCCACCGACUUUGUCCUAUCGAUUCUCCCCAUCCUGUUCCUGUGGAACGUGAAACUUCCCAAGCGAGUAAAGGUGGGAAUCUGCGGGAUAAUGGCCCUGGGAUUUGCGAGUGGGGGGUUCGCUAUUGCUCGAACGGCCUUGGUGCCUGACUUGACGAUGACUACGGAUCCGACCUGGGACCUGGUUGAGCUGUUCAUGUGGGCCAAUUUGGAGGCUACUUUCGGAGUGAUUGCGGCGGCCGCUCCGUCGGUCCGUCCCCUCAUCGGUCAUAACGCAAUGACCACCGAGUCGUACACACGGUCCAAAUCGCACACGUUGCCACUGCGCAGUCUAGCAACGGGCCACCAUUCGCGACGGGAGUGGGGACAAACCGUUCUUGAAGACGAGCCGGGCGAUCGCAUCUCCAACGACGGGGAUAGCCAGUCGAAUCUCUGGCACAGUGACCAGGGGAUUGUGAAGACCAUGUCCAUCGAGGUGGUGACGAGCCAGCGCCCGCCCGACUCGGAGAUGCAAAUACAAGUGCAUAGGGGACCGGGCGAGCGCAGCUCGAACGAGCGAAUUGGAGAGCCAUAG